AUGUCACCAUCCAGUCCCCAUACAAACCCCCACCACAUCCCCCGCACAGCCCUCCUCUCCAAAAUCUUGAGCGUCGUCCUCCCCUCGCAGUACUCCACUAUCUCAACCCGCUUCUCCAAAAUCGCGCGUCUACACCACUCCACCAGACACGACCCCCUCGCCACCGACCGUGCCGACGCACUCAACGCCCUCAGAGUAGAGCUGGGUAUUUUCGAAAAGAAUUUGUCAGACUACACGGACUUGGUUGAUGGUAUUAAUAUUAUGGAUAUUGCGGAGCUGUAUGUGGUGGCUGGAAUGCGGAGGCGAGAGGCGCUGGAGAUGGCAAAAGCGAAUAGAGAGGGGCUGGAGGGGAGUUUGGGGGUGAUGGGGAAGAGGGUUAGGGAGGUUAGGACAGGUUUGAGGUCGUGGUCCUGUCUGCGUGUAUAA